UCGAUAUACACUCUUCUCAUACACACAACGGUAGCAGAAUUUUGUACAAAUAAACGCAAACAAAAAUUCGUUGUUUAAGAUGCCUUCAGCUUUCCUAUUCGAAUUGGACCACCCUAAUGGAGUCUACUACAGUGGCCAGACAAUCAAUGGUAUCAUUAAAUUGACAACCACCCAAGAAAAGCAAGUUCGCAAUGUGCGCAUUGUUCUACUGGGCCAAGGUAAAGCAAAAUGGGACGAAUCCUACACCAGCACCGAUUCUAGAGGCAACAACACAACCACCGUCAUCUACUACCGAUCAGAUGAAGUUUAUGUAAAUAAUGAGACUUUAGUGCGUGGCGAAGGUAUGUUGCCUGUGGGUUUGCACACAUACACGUUCAGUGUUACCCUGCCAGCACAAUGUCCCACUUCAUGCAAAGGGACUUAUGGCCACAUACGCUAUGGAAUAUCUUUGAUCUUAAAUCGGGUGCUACGAUUUGACAAUGUCUAUCAUAUACCGCUGACAGUAUUGCAAACAGUUGAUUUGAAUUUGAAUCCCGUCUUCAAGGUUCCUCUAUUGACCGAAGAUAAUGCCAGUGUGGGUUGCUGGCCUUGUGCUGGCGGCGAUAUAAAGUACUCCCUGCGUACACCAUUUGGCGCCUAUACACCGGGGCAAGUGGUCAAAUAUGCCUUGGAUAUACAGAAUCAGUCAAUGGCCAGUUCCAAAGGCUAUGAAAUGCAAUUUAUACAAAAAAUGACAUUUACCGCAACAACACCCAGACGCGCACAAAGACAAACAAAAAUCACACUAAUAAAGCAAGAGUCCUCGGAGAACUGUUUGCGUCUGACCAAUCGCAUAUUUGAAAAAGAAUUUCGCAUACCCCCGGUGUCGCCCACAACGGAUGCUAGUUUCGUUAUACAUGUGGAGUACAAAUUGAAAAUCACCAUCUUCAUGUCGGGCUGCCACAAAUCACGCCAUAUAUCCUUGCCGAUAUUCAUAGGCAACAUACCAUUGAGAGAGAGCCUUAAGAUCUCGGAGUCAGUUUUACCCACUGCAUCAGAAAUGCAAAUUCCAAGUCCAGUGGCAUCAAGCCCGGAGUUGCCAUCCAGCUAUUACGAUAUAAAACCGCCUUCGUAUGCAGCUGCAUUGCAAAGUGGAUCGCCGUUUGUCGAUGAUGACGUAGACAAACACCAUCGAGUGGUUGGCUUCAGACCCCUAUACCCCAUGUACUCAUAGGCAGAGUAUACACUCAUAUAUGUUCUUUCUCUCUCUCUCUCACACACACACACAUAUGCGUAAAGUAUGCAUGAGGUUUCUUACGAUUCGUGAUAAGAUAAUACCAUACUUAUGUUCUCUUGACCAUAUUUAAUGAAUUAAUUACUGAUUGAGUCAAUGCGUAAAAAUAAUUGCAUAUAUUUUGUUGAGAAAGAAUGUGAGGGGGAGAAAGAGAGAAGAAUACAAAGAAGAUACCUUACAAAUCGGAAAACAUUUAAGUGACAUAAAGAUUUUAAUAAAAAUAACAAUAUUCCCGAAUUUUUCUUCUUAAAUAAAUAUUUGCUAAAUCAAUUUUUUAUUUUCUCAAAAUUCUGGUUAUGAUAAUGACGCAGCCAAACAUCAAAAUAAUGAAUUGAAGGGGCACCAAGCAAAGUAUGUGUUUACAUUGCCACUCGAUGUAGCCAAGAUAAAUUUC